AUGAACCAACUGGUAUCUUCACCAUCCUUCGGCCAAGCCGCCGUUAGGUCCCUCAACUACAUCCGUCCACUCUACGCAGCUCUACCUCUAAUAUCAGCAGGACUCAACGCCGCCUCCAAGCCCGCCACCACCACCGUCCGCAAGUUCAGCAGCUCUCCCGUGCCUAAUAUCAACAGGCUUAAGUCUCCCGCUGCUCCUAUGACGCAACUAUCCUCCGCCGCCAGCGCCUUCGUCCGUAACUUCAGCAGCAACUCCUCUGCUAGUGCUGUUCUCGACAGAUUCCAAAUCACGCCCCAGACUAACUGGGGAGUCCGAAUCGUGCCGGAGAGGAAGGCGUGCGUGGUCGAGCGGUUCGGCAAAUACGUCAAGACUCUGGGGUCGGGGAUUCACUUCCUUGUUCCCGGUGUGGAUCGCAUCGCUUAUGUUCAUUCUCUCAAGGAGGAAGCCAUUCCGAUUGGUAAUCAGUCUGCCAUCACAAAGGAUAACGUCAGCAUCAACAUCGAUGGUGUUCUUUACGUCAAGAUAGUGGACCCUAAACUAGCUUCUUAUGGUGUUGAGAAUCCAGUUUACGCUGUUGUCCAGUUGGCUCAGACUACAAUGCGUAGUGAGCUCGGUAAGAUUACACUUGACAAGACCUUUGAGGAACGAGAUACUCUCAAUGAGAAAAUUGUGGAAGCUAUCAAUGUUGCUGCAAAACAUUGGGGUCUUGAAUGUCUUCGUUAUGAGAUAAAGGAUAUUAUGCCUCCUAAUGGAGUGAAGGUUGCUAUGGAAAUGCAAGCUGAAGCUGAACGUAGAAAGAGAGCCCAGAUUCUUGAGUCUGAAGGAACACGUCAAGCCCAUAUCAACAUAGCUGAUGGUAAGAAAAGUUCUGUAAUCUUGGAAUCAGAAGCUGCAAAGAUGGACCAAGUCAAUCGAGCAUCAGGUGAAGCAGAAGCAAUAUUAGCUAGAGCACAAGCCACAGCCAGGGGUCUGACCUUGUUAUCUCAAUCCAUCAAAGAAACUGGUGGAGUGGAGGCUGCGAGUUUGAGAGUUGCGGAGAAAUACAUUGAAGCUUUUGGCAACAUCGCCAAGGAGGGUACAACAAUGUUGCUUCCGAGUUCUGCUGAAAAUCCUGCAAACAUGAUCGCUCAAGCUUUGACAAUGUACAAAAGUCUCGUCCCCAAGAGUGCUCUCCAAGAAACUUUAGCAUUGGAAUCCUCUGACGUGGUUACCUGAGCUACACAUUUCACUAGAAGCCAUGGUAGCUGAACUAGGAACUCUAAUUAUUUUUUGACCUGUGAAAGCUUUUUCA